CAUAACGGGUUUUAUUCCUUCUGUAGCAUCAUCACCUUUAAAUGUAAAUAAUGAAGUCUGUAUUUCUGUUUAUAUAUUCUAUAGCAAUCUGUAAAGCUAGGGCGGCUUCCUUGUUAACCGGUACGGAAGAUACAGACUCUUCGGUUUUAGUACUUGACAGACGUGAAAUGAAGGACAUUGAUGUUCUACGACAGCUCAUAAACCAGGAAACUCUCAUCCGUAUAGCAGUGGUCAAGAAUUUAAAUGCAGUAAUUGAAGACGUUAGUUAUCUGAAGCGUAGUAUACAAUCUGCAGAAACAAUAAUCUCAACUUUACAACAGGAUAUAGAAACGUUGAAAACUCAAAGUGGUACGCCUAGUCAGGAGCAGACGAGAGACGACAAGAAAUGUUCGAUGAAUGUUCAACAACAGAUUCAGAAAGUUGAGGAAAAGCUGAAAGAAGAUAUUGCCGAUAUCUAUGAAAUUGUAAAUAACAGGACAUUGCCAAUAGCCGAAAAAGGCAUUAAACUUCAGAGGGAUUGCCAUUACCUAUAUCGACUUGGAAACACAGAGUCUGGCAUAUACGAUAUAAAUCCGUUUGAUAACGAGACGAGAGUCACAGUGUACUGUGAUAUGGAAACAGGGGGAGGGGCGUGGACAGUAAUCCAAAAACGGACUAGUGGAAGAGUGAAGUUUAACCAGAAAUGGUCCGUGUAUAAAACAGGAUUCGGAAACGCAGAAGACUCUUAUUGGAUAGAUAACUACACACUUUCUCUUGGACGGUCAGCUGGAGGAACCUUAGGCGACAGCAUAUUACACCCCGGGAAGUCUGGAGCUGAACUGUCUGGAAUGCCUUUUAGUACCGUGGACAGAGAUAAUGACAGACAUUUUUCGAUGAGCUGUGCUGGUAUUCACGAUGGAGGCUGGUGGUUUAACUUCUGUGGUGAUGCCUUCCUUAACGGCCUUUGGUCUUCUAACCGCUGGCUCUAUCCAUGGUAUCCUACAGUCAAAGAUGCCAGAGAGGUAACGGAGACGCUCAUGAUGAUAAAACCCAACUAACUGUGUCUCAUAUUGUACUUUGAAGAAAAAACUCACUGAAGAUACCAUGUAGUAUCAUUUGUAAAUUGAAUAGCUAUAGUACAUGUACAUAUACAAACAAAUUGCGAUAUCAUUAACAGUCGAUUUAAUGUUUUUUUUUCUUUCUAAUUUUUCAUAAGGUAUUGUUCUUAUAAUUUUAGGGAGUACAUGUUGUAAUUGUUGUUAUUAGUCUUAUCAUAUAUAAAGUGAUUAAACCAAUAAAUCAACCCA